AUGAAUGCUCUUCAGCUACGCGCAAUCCCCCGCAUCUCGCCUGCAUCCCUUGGCCUCCGCCCUGCCCCCACUCAGAUAACCCGGCUCUACGCCACGCAGAGUGACCUAGGCACUGGCCCCAAAAGUCCCUUGUCACCACGGAAAAAGAGCGUUACAGUCUUGUCUGACGAUGGAAGAGUGCAAUGGGGAGAUCUGAGCCGCGGCGAGAAAGUUGCGCGAACUACACAGCAGUCCUUCAACUUCAUGCUCGUGCUAGCCGGAGCAGUACUGACGGGUGGAGUCUUCACACUUUUCUACCUUGAGGUGGUCUCACCCAAUAGUCGAACAUGGCAAUUCGAAAAAGCAGUAUCGCGCAUUAAAGAUGACCCUGAGUGCAUAAAGCUUCUAGGUGAUCGGAGGGAGAUUCAAGCAUAUGGCGAAAACACCCGGAGCCGAUGGGCUCGCAACCGACCCAUUGCGUCCCGAACCGAAAAGGAUCGAUUGGGGCGUGAGCACCUUCACAUGCAUUUCCAUGUCGAGGGUCCCCUCAACUCUGGUGUGGUCGUGGUGCACAUGAUGAAGCCUCUGGACUCGAGCAAUUUCGAAUACCAGCUUCUUGCGUUAGAUGUCAAGGGCCACUCGCGCGUCGUUCUUGAAAAGGCGUCCGAGAAGCCCAACGUGACUAGUGCCUUGAAGCUCUUUGGUAUUCAAUGGCGCUGA